AUGCCAAAGUUUUGCCAAGGCGCUAACUCGUGUCGAGUUGUCGAUCUCCUGACCACCUGCCUAUUUAGGGACAUAUUCUCCCAGAGUAGCAUCAAGGAGACCACUGACAAACUCGAGUCAUUUGACCAGGCCCGCAUUCGAAAGCUAAAUGCGAAGCCAUGCUGUUGCAAAUGCUCCCCACGUCGUGGAUGUUCGAUUCCCUGGGAUGAGGUUGUCAGUGAAUUCCGCAAGGGUACCCUCGAGUACUUUGACGGUUUGUGCUUGGAUUGUAUGAAGCACUCUCCCAGGAAAAGUUCGAAGUAUGGAAACGUUCAAGUCACCAAGAUGGUCAUGACAAAGAUUGUUGUAUUGAGGGCGGUUAACAUGGUUGCAGAAUGGGAUGGUUGGAUACUUCGUUACUUUGGAGUCCAACCUUAA